UGAUUGGUCCAGUCAAAAACGGAUAUAUAUAUAUAUUUUUGUUUUGAAAACGGGUACAUGAACGUGCUCGGUUCUUUUGGUCGCACUGACCGCUCGUAUUGGCUACGUUAUGGAAAAAGUUAUAUGCGAAGUGCACGGUGGCGUGUGCAUGCUAAAAACUGGAGUUAAAGAUGGGCCCACCAAAGGCAAAAGCUUCUAUGUGUGCGUGGAAAAGCAUGGGUGUGAUUUCAACAGGAAAGCAAGCCUCUCCCCUUCCCACUGCCUCCAGCAUGAAGAAUCCAUGGUGGAACUCCAAGCGCUGACCUCCAGCCAACAGCAACAGUGCAGCAGGUUAUUCUACAGGUGCAUCGUGGGUAAAAAGGCAGGCCAGAAAUGGUGUGGAAGCGUGCCUUGGACUGAGAAGAAGCAUGAAAAACAGGCACAAGCUUCCUGCUUGCCGCUGGUCCGAAACCCCUUCAAGCUUCCUGAAAAAGUGUGUGAAGACUCUGAGUGGAAGAAGCUGCACUGCGUACCACGUGAUGUGGAAGGAGGAGGGGAAGUAACGAGCUCCGUGGCGCAAAGAGAGAGUGACCAGAGAGCAACUGUGGAGAAGAAAGAGCAGAUAGUGGCCCAUACUCACAGAGGGGAGGAGCUUCCGGCGGGUCUGAAGCUGAAGAAGAGAUCUGAGCAGGAGGAAGAAGACUUCAAAGCGUCCAGCGAGCAGGAGGAGCAAACACCUCCUCCAAGCAGUGCCAAAGCCGCAGAACAAACAUCCCCGGAUGUUCUCAAGGACUCCACCCGGCGGCCGGCGGCCAGGGCAGCAGCGAGCACCUCCACAAACUCGGGCGCCUCUGAUGACGGCGACCAGCCAGGUCCACCCAGUCACAGCGGAAGACGCCAGAAGGAAGAGGACGAUGUGGUGUUUGUGUCAGUGACUCCCCCAGCUCCCCCAAUUCCCCCCGCCUCCGCCGUCCAAAAGACCCUGACCGCCUACCCGGGGUUUCAGCCUGCGUCCAAGGCCAACGGUCCGCUGAGGGAUCCUCAAGGGAUGCACAAGCUGCUGUCUGUUCAGCUACAGCAGAAAAAGGCCACUCUGUCUGCAAUCAAUGUGGAGGCGCUGCCUGACAAAGGCCAGCGGUUGAGGACGCAGGUUCGAGAGCUGGAGGCAGCGCUGGAAUCUCUGAGCCUGGCUUCCAUGUCUCCACACGAGUCGAGAGACGUGACUCCGCCGAGCAGCAGCGGCAACAUCAACCCCUUCAGUCGUCCGGGGGGCGCCAUUCUGCUUCCGGCCUCGCAGGUCCCGGCACCGGCUAUCCAGUCUAGCCAGGGCUCUUGCCAGACGUAUGGCGCCGCCGCCCACGUCCCGGCCUACUAUGGCGGCAGGAUGACGGACGACCGUCUUCUGGCGGUGAAAAACGCCACCUGUGAGGCCAUCGAUCACCUGCACAAGUCACUGGAGUCCUGCCCCUCCCCCGACACGGAGGCCCCGGACCCCAAAGGCCUGAAGGUGUCCCUCCUGGCCCAUCAGAGGAGCGCUCUGGCCUGGCUGCUCUGGAGAGAAACCCACAAUCCGUGUGGAGGAAUUUUGGCCGACGACAUGGGCCUGGGCAAAACACUGACGAUGAUCGCGCUCAUUCUGGCCAACAAGGUCAAACCCAAAGGAGAUGGGGAAGAAGAGGAGGAGGAGGAGGAGGAGGAGGAGGGCGCGAAGAAGAAAGGGGAAAAGAAACAAGGCAACUGGCUCUCUAAAACCGACGGCCACAUUGUGCCCUCCAAAAGCACCCUGAUCAUCUGCCCUGCCUCACUGGUGCAUCACUGGAAGAAAGAGAUAGAGCGACACGUCAAGGCGGCCAAACUGACCGUCUAUUUGUACCACGGGCCCGACCGCAAGAAGUGCGCCAGAGUGUUGGCAGGUCAUGACGUGGUGGUCACCACGUACAGUUUAGUCUCCAAGGAAGCGCCUGUCCAGAAGGAGACGGAGAAGCCCCAGAAGGAAGGCGGCGACGUGCCCGCACGCUCCGGGCCUCUCCUGCGAGUGGCUUGGUCCCGCGUGAUUCUGGACGAGGCCCACAACAUCAAGAACCCCAAGGUGCAGACCUCCAUGGCCGUGUGCCAGCUGAGGGCGGGCGCCCGCUGGGCCGUCACGGGCACGCCCAUCCAAAACAACCUGCUGGACAUGUACUCUCUGCUCAAGUUUCUGCGCUGUUCUCCGUUUGACGAGUACAAACUUUGGAAGGCGCAAGUUGACAACGGCUCCAAGCGCGGCAGGGAGAGACUCAACAUCCUGACCAGGACUCUGCUGCUGCGGCGCACCAAAGACCAGCUGGACUCUUCCGGAAAACCGCUGGUGUCGCUUCCCAGUCGGACCUGCAAGGUGCAUCAACUCAAACUGUCUGUGGAUGAGCAAGCGGUCUACAACGUCGUCUUUGACCGAUCCAGAUCUACCCUGCAGAACUACCUGAAGAGGCAUGAAGGGAACGACAUGAAGAGUGGAAGCAGCGCUCCUUCAAAUCCCUUCCACAGAGGCGCCCAAGAAUUUGGCAUUUCCCAGGCUGACCCGGCCCUGUCCAGCUCCCAGCAGCCUAAGCAGGCCUCCAGCACCAUCCACAUCCUGUCGCUCCUACUGCGUCUCCGCCAAUGCUGCUGCCACCUGUCACUGCUCAGAAAGACCCUGGACUCGUCUGAGCUGCAAGGGGACGGCAUCGUCUUGUCCCUGGAGGAGCAGCUCAGCGCUCUCUCGCUGUCAUCCAGCCCCUCGCCGUCGGACGCCGCCACCACCAAAGACGUGUGCUUGAACGGCACGCCUUUCGCAUCGCUGCUGUUUGAGGACGGCAACAGGAGCACCAAGAUUUCUGCCAUCGUUGCUGAGCUGGAGGCAAUCAGAAGGAAGAGCGAUGAUCAGAAAAGCGUGAUCGUGUCCCAGUGGACCAGCAUGCUGGACAUCGUGGCCGUCCACCUGCAGCAGAUGGGCCUGCGUUGCGCCACCAUUGAUGGGACCGUCAACCCCAAGCGCCGCAUGGACCUGGUGGAAGAAUUCAAUACCGACCCCGGAGGACCGCAGGUGAUGCUGGUGUCUCUCUGUGCUGGCGGCGUGGGUCUCAACCUCGUGGGCGGGAAUCACCUCUUCCUUAUCGACAUGCACUGGAACCCGGCCUUGGAGGACCAGGCCUGUGACAGGAUCUACAGAGUGGGACAGCGCAAGGACGUCACCAUCCACAGGUUUGUGUGUGAGGGCACGGUGGAGGAGAAGAUUUCCACACUCCAGGUGAGGAAGAAGGAGCUGGCCCAAAAUGUGCUGUCGGGGACCGGGAGCACCUUCACCAAACUCUCCCUGGCUGAUCUCAGGAUCAUUUUUGGUGUUUGACAUGACGGGCUCCCCCAUAAGUUUUUUUUAAAUUUGGAUAUGGAUUUUUUUUCUUUUAUGUUUAUUUUAGUCCGCACGGUGGACCAGUGGUUAGUAUGUUGGCGCCACAGUAAGGAGACCAGGAAGACCUGGAUUAAAAUAUCUCUUUGGGGUUUCAUGUUCUCCCCUUGCCUGCGUGUUUUCUCCAUGUUGGGUUAAACUGGGACUCCAAAUUGCCCAUCCUUUAUCUCCACGUGCCCUGCCAUUGGCUGGCCCCCAGUCCAGGGUGCCAGCUGGGGUAGGCUCACUAAUGACGAUAACAUUUGUUGAUGGCGUUCUUUGUUGUUGUUUGUUUCUGUAUGUGGGUACGCCACAUCUUCAUUAUUUGAUCUCCUUUUCUUUUAUACUGAAGACUGUACAGUAUAUACAUAUAUAAAACAAUAAAGUAUAUUGAAAAUAAUUGUUUGAAAUGUUUGCACAUAGAUUCCAGGUACAAGUAUGUUUGUGCUGCCUUGUAUAUAAGAAAACGUGGUAAUAUUGA